AUCCGCAGCAGAUGUUUGCCAUGUUUUGCCUCAUUCAUCACUCCAGGUCCAGCUUUAGUCUCCAUCAGUGUCCCUCAGCUUCUUCCAGCAGUCAUGUCCCGGGGCUCCAGCGCCGGGUUUGACCGUCACAUCACUAUCUUCUCCCCGGAGGGAAGACUCUACCAAGUCGAGUACGCCUUCAAAGCCAUCAACCAGGGAGGACUGACCUCUGUAGCAGUCAGAGGGAAGGAUUGUGCCGUGGUCGUCACACAGAAGAAAGUCCCAGACAAGCUGUUGGACGCCUUGACAGUCACCAAUAUGUUCACAAUCACAGAGGACAUCGGCUGUGUUAUGACCGGCAUGACCGCUGAUGGCAGGUCUCAGGUGCAGAGGGCGCGGUAUGAAGCAGCCAACUUCAAGUAUAAGUACGGCUACGAAAUCCCUCUGGACAUGCUGUGCAAACGCAUGGCUGACAUCUCCCAAGUCUACACGCAGAACGCUGAGAUGAGGCCGCUGGGAUGCUGUAUGAUGUUAGUCGGAGUUGAUGAGGAGCUGGGUAUGCAGCUGUAUAAGUGCGAUCCAGCUGGAUACUACUGCGGUUUCAAGGCCACAGCAGCUGGAGUCAAGCAGACUGAGGCCAACAGCUUCCUGGAAAAGAAAGUCAAAAAGAAACUAGACUGGAGCUACAAGCAGACUAUAGAGACGGCCAUCUCGUGCCUGUCGACCGUUCUGUCUGUCGACUUCAAGCCCUCGGAACUGGAGGUGGGCGUAAUCACUUCCCAAGAACCGAAAUUCAAGAUUCUGUCAGAGUCUGAGAUCGAUGUUCACCUGAUGGCUUUGUCUGAGCGAGAGUGAAGAAAGCUGGCAGCCAUGUUGGCCGCUGUCACAAGCAGAUGAAGAACAGUAACAGUAACACCACGGAGCCCCGCCUCCCUCGCACGAAAAGACGGAGACGUAGAUGUAAAACACGAAGAAGCUGAGACAAAGAAAAAGAUGGUCAUUUCAUACAAGCUGGAGAGAAUAUGUUACCCAAUCCCUUCCCCCUCCAUUGACCCCUUUCUCGCAUCUUGCUUUUAAUCACAUUGAGACAUCCUCGACAUGUCCCAGACCCAAGAGAGACACGCUGGACAUUCAGAUCAGUGCAUGAUAUGACACAUAUGUCUGAUAACUUCGCCCACUUCAGCUGAUGAGUGUGACAUAACCCAACAGGAAGGGGGAGGUGUGUUAACACUACAACCACAGCACUCGAUACCUCGUAAUCCCCCUUUACUCAGUGUCGGUGGUCCCUUAGCAUCUUGAGUCACUGUAUUUAAACAGUGUUUCCUCGCCUUCUCUACUCAGGGCUACCACAACUCUUAUCUCACAUUAUUCAUCCGCUUAAAUCCUGUCCUCUUCUCUUUCUCCGUGGCAACCGUUAAUGUCAGGAUGUUUAUCCUCUGUGAUAACCCAGGGAACAGCUGUGGGAUUUUUCCCAAUUGCGACAACCCCUGUUUAAGUCUACUCAGGUCAUCGUCAAUGAGAAGUCACCAUCAUUUCGUUAUAGAGUCCUCCUCUCCCUGUUGGGUUUUGAUCCUCUUGUUAUCACUGAACUGCACUGCACUUCUAUUAAACGUUUUUUUAUUGAA